AUGGAAGACUAUCGAUGGGUUAUCGGUUCUAAGGAAUAUACCAUUCAAGAAGCGUUCGGAAUACUCAAUGAGCGUUUAGACCAAGAAGAGCGUGAAGCUAACCGUUGUUCACUAUACGACUAUAUCAACGGAGAAUACCAGCCUAGCGCCUAUGAGAACCGCGUGUAUCAACAAGCUAUCACUCUAUAUAAUCAGACUGUUCGGAGAAUCAAUCGGAAGAAUGCUACUAGUCCAUUCAAUAACUUGCUCGAGAGUAUGGAUGCCGAGAGCAUUGAUAAUGUGCUCCGUGUUAUACGUAUCCAAGAGGAGGAAAUAUACCAUAAAUGGUUUGAAAUGGGUCGUAACCGUAAGUCUAAUCCGAACUAUAAAUUUAGACUAGAAAGAUAUCCCGACUCUAGAGGUGCCUACUGGUAA